AUGAAUUUGAAUGUAUCAAAAAGCACUAUCAGUCGUAUUGCUAAUAAGGUUGGAAAACAACGGCAAUUAUGCUUAUUGAAUACUGAAAAACCAAAGUUUCAUCGUCGUCGUCAUAUAGCAACACCUUCCAUAGUUCGUCGUAUUACAUCAUACAUUAAUCAAGAAAAUCCCCCAACCGUUAAUUUAAUGGCUGCAAGGUGUCACAUUAGUGUUGGUACCACGUUUCGUACUAUUCGUGAUAUUAUCCAUGCAAGAUGUCGUAAAAAAAGACCAGUACAUCGACUUUAUCCAGCUAUUAUUGAAAAGAGACGAUCUCGAGCUUGGCUUAUGUACCGACGAUUAUCAAAUGAAAAGUAUAAGAAUUAUCUAAGUACUGAUGAAGCAUGGUUUUAUCUCGAUGCGAGUCAAGGUAUAAGAGAUAUAUAUUAUGUUAGAAGUAAUCAACUACCAGCACAAAUAAAAAAAAUUGAACAAAACGAUUUACAUCCUGUAGCUGUAAUGGUUUGGGCUGGUGUCAGUUCACAUGGAAAAACUCAAGUAUAUUUUAUUGAACAUGGGGCUACAAUAACCAGCAAAUAUUAUAUCGAACAUAUCAUAGAGCCACUUAUUAAAUAUGAUAUUCCUCGUUUGUUUCCUGGUGAUAUGCAAAAGAAAAUGGUGCUACAUCAAGACAGUGCUCCUGGUCAUGUCGCAAAGAAUACAAUUUCUUAUAUGAAGGAACACAACAUUAAUGUUAUAAUGCCGCAUGAGUGGCUACCUAAGAGUCCUGAUGCUGCACCAAUGGACUAUUCAAUAUGGGGGAUUAUGAAAGAACGAGUACGAAAGCACAAAGUGUCAACGCUGAAAGGACUAAAAAAUGCUAUAAAAGUUGAGUGGGAAAACCUUGAGCAAGACAUUAUCGACAACGCUUUGGAAAGUUGGGCAAAGCGUUGUAGAUUAAUUUACUAUGCCCAUGGAUCCCAUAUCGAACAUCUUUUGCAAUAA